CUGAGAUGCAGCAUGACAUGACUGAGGGAGACUGUGGACAGCAAACAGCCGCCAUCAGAAUGAAGGGUUUUCAUGCUCUCGCCAUUUGGCAGAAAUUACAAUUAUUCUACCAAGGGAUUCUGGGAAAUGGAGACAAGAGGACAGACGGUUGGCCUCUGGUCUAUUCUCCUGUGCCUAUCAGCUCCAUCUUUCUGUGCUACCUGCUCAUUAUAUGGUUGGGGCCAAAGUUGAUGAGGAAUAGGCAGCCAGUCAACCUCAAACCCCUCCUGAUAGUUUACAACUUUGCCAUGGUUUGCCUGUCUGCCUACAUGUUCUAUGAGUUUACAGCCUCUUCCUGGUUGGCCAAAUACAGUCUGCUGUGCCAGCCAGUUGACUACAGUGACAGCCCACAGGCCAUGAGGAUGGCCAGGGUAUGCUGGUGGUUCUACUUCUCAAAAGUAAUAGAGCUCAGUGACACUAUUUUCUUUAUCCUGAGAAAGAAAAACAGUCAGCUGACCUUCCUCCAUGUCUACCAUCACGCCACAAUGAUCUUCAACUGGUGGGCUGGGGUUAAAUAUGUGGCAGGGGGCCAGUCUUUCCUGAUUGGUCUGAUCAACUCCCUGGUCCAUGUAGUGAUGUAUUUGUACUAUGGAUUGGCAGCUUUUGGACCAAGCAUGACCAAAUACCUCUGGUGGAAGCGCUACCUUACCUCUCUACAGCUGCUCCAGUUUUUCAUCGUGACUAUCCACACCACCUACAACCUGUUUGCUGACUGUGACUUCCCCGACUCCAUGAACAUGGCUGUGUUCACCUACUCCCUCAGCCUGAUCGCUCUCUUCAGUAACUUCUACUACAAAAGCUACCUCACCAAGACCAAGCCAAAGAAGACAUAAGACUCAUUGAGGAAAGAGAGAAAAGAGUUGAGAUCAAACAUUUGGAAAUACAUCAAGAGAAAGGGGAACGGAAAAAUGUUAGAAGGAAUAAAAAUAUAUUUUUAUGUAAUAUUUGAAUGUAAAUGUCGGCAUGAUUUCUUACAUACACUAAUAUUUAUUUAUUUGUCUGUGUUAUGAAUCAUACAAUUGUGCCUUAAACAGACAUACACAUGUAGAUUUAUGAGGGUCUUUCAUUUACCACAUUCAUUGAUUGCUUCUGUUCAUUCAUCCAGUACAAAACUGCCAACACUCUCAACACACAUUAACCCUUGUUUAAUGGCUCCCUUCCCCCAUGCUCCUAAUAGAUGAGACUUUUUAAUCACCAGAGGAGUCGCUUCAUUCUUCUCCAACAACCAUUGGCUGGCGUUCACAGCCAAUCAACUGUUGGUUGCCAUUAGCUCUGUAUCCAUCUAUUCCUCCCCUUUUAUAGAUAAGGGUCCCCCUCCCCAGUUUCUAGCAUUUAAUCCCUUUUACCAACGGGGAAACCACAGACCGCUCUACA